CCCAGGGCACGGUCCUGACGGUCGAGGGGACAAGGUGGCCGCGCGAGCCGACGACACUCCGAGCCUCCGCCGCCGGGCCAGCCGCGAGCGAGCCGCAGCCAUGCUCCGGGUGCUGGUGGUGGGCGCCGGGCUGACCGGAAGUCUGUGCGCCGCGCUGCUGAGGAAGGCCAUAGCCGGCCCGCUGUACCUCGCGCUGUGGGACAGGGCUGGCGACGCAGGGGGAAGAAUGAUUACUGCCAAGAGUCCUCAUAAUCCCCGAUGCACAGCUGACUUGGGAGCUCAGUACAUCACCUGCACGCCUCAUUAUGCAAAAAAGCAUCCAGAGUUUUAUGAGGAGCUGUUAGCUCAUGGGAUUUUGGAGCCUCUGACCUCUCUUAUUGAAGGAAUGAAGGUGCAAGAAGGAGAUAGCAACUUUGUGGCACCACAAGGAAUUUCCUCAAUUGUUAAGCACUACUUGAAAAAAUCAGGUGCAGAAAUCUUCUUCAAACAGUGUGUGACCCAGAUCAACCUGAGAAAUAACAAGUGGGAAGUCUCCAAGGAGACAGGCUCCCCCGAGCAGUUUGACCUUGUUGUCCUCACCAUGCCAGCUCCUCAGAUUCUGGAACUUCAAGGUGACAUCGUAAACUUCAUUAGUGAAUUCCAAAGGCAACAACUGGCAUCUGUGAGCUAUUCCUCCCGCUAUGCUCUGGGCCUCUUUUAUGAAGCAGGCAUGAAGAUUGACGUCCCUUGGGCUGGCCAGUACAUCAGCAGUAAUCCCUGUAUACGCUUCAUCUCCAUUGAUAAUAAGAAACGCAAUAUAGAGUCAUCGGAAUUUGGCCCAUCCCUGGUGAUCCACACGACUGUCCCAUUUGGGGUUACGCACUUGGAGGGCAGUGAGGAGGACGUGCAGGAGUUAAUCAGCCAGCAGCUGGAAGCCAUUCUGCCAGGUUUGCCUCAGCCGGUUGCUACCAAGUGCCAGAAGUGGAGAUAUUCGCAGGUUACAAACUCAGCUGCCAACUGUCCCGGCCAGAUGACUCUUCACCUCCACCCUUCCUUGGUGUGUGGAGGGGAUGGAUUUACUCACUCCAACUUCGAUGGCUGCAUUGCCUCUGCCCUGAGUGUCAUGGAAGUUUUAAAGAAUCAUAUUUAGUGUCUAUGUUCUCGUUUCUACAUUCACUUUGGGGAUCUUUGUUUUCACAGACCUCUGUUAUUAAUUAUUCUGGGUUUUUGUGGGGAGAGGAAUUACUUGGAAAAAUUUCUCCACUUACCUGUCAUUUUUCAUAUGAAAUAUAAAACAAUAUAAUAAUUUUGAUAGCUACCACCCAUAAUAAAAUGAUAAUUUCUUAGACUUUGCUCCUUCCCUGCAUUCUCUGAUUUUCUAUGACUGAUCCUUGUUAAAGUAAAAUAAUUCUUAUGAGGAACAAAUAACCAUCCCCACAAUUAUACUAAACCAAAGUUCCCAAGGGCCCAAACCUUUGCUAUCUUUUUGAAAACUUCAGUUCUAAAUAAAAAAACAACCAUUACCAA